UACUAUUGGUAGGGUGCGGGACUAGUAAUUUGCAACUAAGCACUCCUACCCUUACGCAUCAAUUCCAUUUGACUCUUCCUGACUCUUGGUAUACAAUAAAAAAUAAUUGGCGUACCAUGUCGGAGGCACAGCUAGAUUCAAAAUCGUUUCGUUUUGAAAGCGUGUUACAGCCACAAUGGUCGCAUUCCGAAUCCCUGAACGAGCUUUCCCUGCCGGUUGUGGAAGGGGUAGCCUACAAGGGCACCCGAGCCGGCCUUGUUGUGCAACGUGGUGUGGCCCUGUUCAAGGACAGGUGCACCACCUACCAUAACCCGGAGAGCAAAACUGACGCAAGAACAUGGGUGCUUGACAAGAAUUGCACUUUACUGCCUUCGACGACGGCGGAGUUGGUGACAAAGAGACGCGGGGUCCGACCCAAAGGGACAUGGGCCAUCACAGCUGCGGUCCAGGGUGUGGAGACGCACCUUGACCUGUACGAGGUGGCCCUCGACUGGCCCCCCAGCUGGGCCGCGGCGGGCUACACCUCGCUGGUGCUGGGCUUCCCCGAGCGGGCGGAGGCGGCGCAGUGGCACGAGGCGCUGGCGGGCGUGCUGGCGGGGCUGAGGGCGAGCAAGGGGCACUCCCGGCAUGCCAGCGCCAACAGGUCCAUUCCCGACCUCAGUGCCCCGUCACCGCCCAUCUCCAUCGCGGGCGCAAGGGCCGGGUCGGACGCGGCUGUCGUGGUUGCGACAGCAGCACCGGCGGGCGACCUGAAGGGAAACCCGCCAGCCCGGCCUAGCGGAACCGCCACCAACACCAGCCUCGCCGCCGCCCCCCGAGCGGCGGCUGACGAUGAGGAGCAGUGGGCGGAUCCGGGCUCUGAUGAGGAGCGCGGCGGCAGCAGCUCGGGCGAGGAGGACGAGGACUGUGCGCCUGAGCCCGAUGAGCGCUGGGUGCCGUACAGGCAGACCAACGGAGUGGCCAUUUACCACCAUGCGGCUGAGGGCAAGAAGUCCGGUGGUGGUGGCGAGUACAUGGUGAGCUGCGUGAUCCGCGGGCGGCCGCAGCGGGUGGCUGCCGCGCUGAUGCGGCUGCGCGGCAACACCACCAUCCUGGGGCCGGCGGAGCACGCGGAGGUGCUGCAGCGGGCGGAGGAGCAGGAGGGGCAGACCGGGACUACUGGAGGGAAGGGCAAGGAGAUUCUUCGGCUGGUGCUGACUGCCUCGGGCUCCGCGGGCUGGUUCUGCGCGCCGCGGGAGAUCAUCCUGGAGCGCAUGCGGAAGGAUGAAGAGGACGGCGUCAUCGUGAUCAUGUUCAAGUCCGUACAGCUACCCAACGAAGCCAACAGCAAAGCUGGCACCGGUGGGCUGUUCGGCCGCGGUCUGUACCGGCGGCCUGUUCGCGGCGAGGUGGCUGGCGGCUACACCAUUGCGGGUCUGCGGGGCGAGGGCGCCGCCUCGCGCGAGAGCCUCAUCACCUGCAUCGUGCGUGUGGACCUGGGCGGGGUGUGCGGGUCGCGCAGCUGGGUUCGCCCGCUGUCCUCCGCCGCCGGCUGGCAGGACAGCUUCCUGGACCGCAUCCUCAUGUCCGUGCACCUGCUGCGGGACGAGGUGGAGCAGCGGCGGUUCAGCGUGCAGCCAUUCAAGCUGGUCGCAUCGGCAAAGGCCAGGAUAAACCAGGACGGUGUGCUAGUAGGCGCCUCCUCCUGCUCCCGCUCAGCCCCACCCGCCCGCAUCAUCUCCGUCUCCGCGGCCUCCGCCGCCGCCAGCAGCCCCUCGGGCGUGCUGGCCGACCGUCCGAUGGCUCGCAUGGCCACCCGCCGGCUUAGCAGCGGCAACCUGCCGGAUGCACCUGGCGCCCCGGGGCACCGAGGAGCCUCGGCGGGCGGCGUUGCGCCCAUUUCCGAGGAGGGCUCCUCCGCCUCCCCAUCGGGCGGUGCUGCCGCCUCCGCCGCCCCGGACUCCCCCCGCUUCACCCUGGAUGUGCAGCACGUGCUGUCGCUGGCCUCCAUGCCGCGCAAGUACUGGCGGGAGAUCCACGUGCCGGGAGCGGACGCGCCAUUCAGCGUCCGCGGCGCCACGUACCUGAAGGACAAGAAGAAGGUCCCCGCCGGCCAGCCCGCGUUCAGCCUGGGGGCGGUGGAGAUGGUGGUGCUGCCGCCGCCCGGCACGCCGGUGGCUGGCGAGACGGAGGGCACACGAGGCGCGCUGAGCCACGUGGGGCGCUUCAUCCCCUCCAUCCGCCAGGGCGGGGCGCCCUUCUCCAUCAUCAUCCACCUGAUCGUUCCCGGUUCGCCCAUGUUGGGUCUGGUGGCUGUGUUUUGCUGCGAGCAGCACCCCUCCAUCCUGGGCUCCCCCCCGCGCAGCCCCAUGGAUGAGAAGCACGACUGGCAGCCCUUCGACUUCGUGCUGCACAAGUUCGUGUACGGCAGCGACGAGACCCGCAACCGCAUGCUCAAGAUGGUUCCGCACAUCGCGUCCGGCUCCUGGAUGAUCAAGCAGAGCGUGGGCAGCACGCCCGUCAUCCUGGGCAAGGCGCUCAAGACCAGCUACCACUGCACGCCCACCUACAUCGAGGUGGACAUCGACAUAUCCGCGAACAGCGUGGCAAACUACGUCACCGGCAUGGUGCGGGGAGCCACGGCCUCGCUGGACAUCGACCUGGCCUUUGUGCUGGAAGGUACCGCCCCCUGGGAGCUGCCCGAGUGCCUGCUGGGCGCAUUCCGGCUCACGCGGCUGGACUGCAACGCCGCCGCCACUCGGCUGGACUACAGCCGGGAGCUGCCGCUGUCGUCACCGCUGGGGGGGCCCGAGCUGUGAGGGCAGCCGCCUGCGAGGCAGGACGGCGGGGCCGAUCUGCUGGGGUGAUGGGAGCUCCCGGGGGACGUGAGACCGAAACUCUGCUGAAGAUGGCGAGGUGCUCAGCUGGCGACGUGCUGCCGGGCGACGGUGGCAACGGAAUGUGACGUGUAACGGUUGGGCGAGCGAGGUGGAGAGAUCGCCGGCAGGGGACAUCUGCGAUUAUCAAUACCAAGCGGGUGCUAGGCCGUGGACGCUGUGUGAAGUUAUCGGUACAAACUUGUGACUUGCGGUUAUGCUCGAGCAUUGCGCGCUCUAGUUUGGGACGGGUUGCAGGCCACAGCAGAAGGACGUCGGAACUGGAGACGAGUGAUCUGUGAAUAGCCGGACCUUUUGCAGUUUUGGUGGCUUAGCGCCAGCCGGCGGAUUGAGGCAAACUGCCGAGGCGGAGCUAUUGCUGCCUUGGGGUGCUGUUUGGGGCCGUUAACAGGUGCUGCUUUAGUUGCUGCCAUCGGUGUUCCCCAACCGCGAAUAAUGCUGCUCUGGGUAAAGAGCAACAGGAGGUGUACAGCUAUGUACAAAGGCUUGGACGGAUACGUUCUUUGCAUUGGAAAUAGUACUUAGUCAUGCCUUUUUCUCUGUCGCCUUCCUUCCCCAAAUACUCUUUGUCAAUAUCACUUGCAUCGUACAUAUGAACAUCAUGAGGCUCGGCCACGUAUGAGGCCCGCUCUGUGGCGAUCCGCGAGCUUUCCGAGGCGUAUGUGCGACCAUUUCACCGCUGUUCUACAUCCAUUCGUACCCAAUCUGUAACCUUACAUUUUGUG